CUUUUGUAGCGCUGGGAGCACUGCAGCAUAACCAAGUAGCCAUGGGAAGAAGCUGGAUGAUGGGGAACAAUGGCUUCAUAAGAGCUCCCUCCACUGCACUCACUCUCCUUAUCCUUCUCCUCGAGAUCAUCCAAGGCUUUGCCAAAGCUGCCAAUCGGACGACUCGUCCUCCUGCAUUAAUAGUGUUUGGCGACUCGAUCGUCGACCCAGGCAACAACAAUGCGAUCAUCACCCCGGUCAGAUGCAACUUCCCGCCCUACGGGAAAGAUUUCGUCGGGCAUAAAGCCACCGGAAGGUUUAGCAACGGGAAGAUCCCCUCAGACAUAAUAGCUUCUCUGUUAGGGAUAAAGGAACACGUACCAGCAUAUCUCGGCACGAAGCUUGAUGCCCAAGAUCUCCUCACCGGUGUAAGCUUUGCCUCGGGCGGCGGUGGAUAUGAUCCUCUGACAGCUGAAUUAGUGCAAGCUCUAACAUUGGAUGAUCAACUAAAUUUGUUCAAGGAGUACAAAGAGAAGUUAAGGGCAAUUGCAGGAGAAAAGAAAGCUUCCACCAUCAUCUCUAGAAGUUUAUAUAUCGUGGUUACAGGAAAUGAUGAUAUAGCAAACACAUAUUUUACUAGCCCGUUUCGAAGAAACUAUGAUCUUUCCUCCUACAUCAGAUUUGUGGUGCAAUCAGCUUCAAGUUUCUUCCAGAAAUUGUACCGCUUAGGGGCACGAAGGAUAGGCAUAACAGGACUUCCUCCUGUAGGAUGCUUGCCAUCACAAAGAAGUCUCGCUGGAGGGAUCGAAAGAGAAUGUGUGACCAUAUAUAACCAAGCUGCUACAACGCUCAAUUCUGAACUACAAAAGGAGAUACAAAGGCUAAAUCACACACUAGCAGGAUCGAGGAUAGUCUACAUCGAUAUGUAUACGCCUUUGCUUGAUAUGAUUAUACGCCCCUUUGCUUAUGGGUUUGAGGAGGUCAAGAGGGGGUGCUGCGGCACAGGAAUCUUGGAGGUUGGUUUUGCUUGUAAUAGCUACACUGCUCCCUUAUGCGACGAUGUUUCGAAGUACUUAUUUUGGGAUGUGUAUCACCCUACAGAGAUGGCUUAUAACAUUUUGAUGAGACAAGUUCAGCAACGUUAUAGCUCAUUGCUAGCUAGCCCAGCUUUUCUAGCGCUGGGAGCACUGCAGCAUAACCAAGUAGCCAUGGGAAGAAGCUGGAUGAUGGGGAACAACGGCUUCAUAAGAGCUCCCUCCACUGCACUCACUCUCCUUAUCCUUCUCCUCGGGAUCAUCCAAGGCCUUGCCAAAGCUGCCAAUCGGACUCGUCCUCCUGCAUUAAUAGUGUUUGGCGACUCGAUCGUCGACCCAGGCAACAACAAUGCGAUCAUCACCACGGUCAGAUGCAAUUUCCCGCCCUACGGGAAAGAUUUCGUCGGGCAUAAAGCCACCGGAAGGUUUAGCAACGGGAAGAUCCCCUCGGACAUAUUAGCUUCUCUGAUAGGGAUAAAGGAAUAUGUACCAGCAUAUCUGGGCACUAAGCUUGAUGCCCAAGAUCUCCUCACCGGUGUAAGCUUUGCCUCCGGCGGCGGCGGAUAUGAUCCCCUGACAGCUCAAUUAGUGCAAGCUCUAACAAUGGAUGAUCAACUAAAUUUGUUCAAGGAGUACAAGGAGAAGUUAAAGGCAAUUGCAGGAGAAAAGAAAGCUUCCACCAUCAUCUCUAGAAGUUUAUAUAUCGUGGUUACAGGAAAUGAUGAUAUAGCAAACACAUAUUUUACUAGCCCGUUUCGAAGAAACUAUGAUCUUUCCUCCUACAUCAGAUUUGUGGUGCAAUCAGCUUCAAGUUUCUUCCAGAAAUUGUACCGCUUAGGGGCACGAAGGAUAGGCAUAACAGGACUUCCUCCUGUAGGAUGCUUGCCAUCACAAAGAAGUCUCGCUGGAGGGAUCGAAAGAGAUUGUGUGACCUUAUAUAACCAAGCUUCUAAAACGCUCAAUUCUGAACUACAAAAGGAGAUACAAAGGCUAAAUCACACACUAGCAGGAUCGAGGAUAGUCUACAUCGAUAUGUAUACGCCUUUGCUUGAUAUGAUUAUACGCCCCUUUGCUUACGGGUUUGAGGAGGUCAAGAGGGGGUGCUGCGGCACAGGAAUCUUCGAGGUUACAUUUACCUGUAAUAGCUACACUGCUCCUGCAUGCGAUGAUGUUUCGAAAUAUUUAUUUUGGGAUGUCUAUCACCCUACAGAGAGGGCUUAUAACAUUUUGAUGAGGCAAGUUCAGCAACGUUAUAGCUCAUUGCUAUUAAACUAGAAGAACAAACUCAACACACCAUCUGCUUGGAGCUGCUCCUGGUUCACUCCUGGUUCUUAAAUAAUAUUAUGAGUAAUGUCAUCAAAUUAUUUAUCUGCUUUGAUCCAAAUUAUCUUGUUUUCAAAUGUAACAGGUGCAUAAGCACUAGGCAUGUUAUGCUAGCAUCAUCAAUUUAUAUUCAUGCAGCAUGAGGAUAAGAACAUCA